AACCAUAGCUGGAUUAGAAUCCGAAAAUAUGUUAAAGAAAAAAUUAGAUAUUGCAGUGGAGUUUAUGAAGUUUACAUGGAACUAUUUGGUUGUACCUGCAGUCAUCAUGGUGAUGAAUGUGCCAGAUGAGGUUGCUGGCAUCAAAGUUGAUGUGAAAGGAGUUCGUGCCCGCAGCAGAGAAGCAUACAGGAAGGCAGCUGAAGCUGAAGACGGCGACACACGUGACCGAAUGGAAAGAAGGGCUAGCCAGCUGAGAGAAGUGGCUUUUCACAUGGAAGAUGUCAUUGAUGAAUACAAGAACAAGUGUGAGGUACAACAGCCUUGUUGCUACCCAGGAUGUGGGGCUUUACCCUGUCAUGAUGCUGACUUUGUCAACACUACGUGCUACCAUCGACUCCAAAUAGCCCUUAAGAUCAAGUGUAUUCAAUCAGAGCUUCUUAAAAUUGACAAAAGGAUUGAAAAAGAAGACAACAAAGUUAAGUCUUCUUCAGCUGCACAAGAACAAAGAAGACGAAGCCACUCUACCGUGAUAAGAAAUGAUUGGGAGAGCCUUCCAAAGGAGGCUAUCUACAUGCCCCCAGAUGAUAUUGUGGGCUUUGAAGGCCAUUGUGACAAAUUGAUCAGUUGGUUGGAAAUGAACCAACCACAGUGCACUGUCUUCGCCCUCGUCGGAAUGGGAGGGUGAGGAAAAACCACUCUUGCCCGGAAGAUCUUUAACGACAAAGAGGCGAUGGAGAAGUUUGACUGCAAAGCAUGGAUCUAUGUGUCUCAGUUCCAAACUCCAGAAGAAUUGUUCAAGGACGUGUUGCGUCAGGUAUGCGAACAAACAAAAGAGUCUCCUCCUCAGGGAAAUGUUACAAUAAAAGAAGUGAAGACACAUUUGAAGAAAAACAGGUAUGUUCUCUUCUUUGAUGAGGUAUGGGAACAUAAUUUUUGGAAGGAAAUUAUGAUUAGGGAAUUUGUGGGCUGUAACAAUGAUGGAAGUAGGAUAAUUAUAACAACCAGGAACCUAGAAAUCGCGCUGGCUUGUAAGGGAUCUACUCAUGUUGAAGUGCAUGAAAUGCAGCCUUUAACAAUAGAAGAAUCUUUGAAGCUGUUCCAUCAGACAGCAUUCAGAUAUGAUGAUGAUGGAUCUAGCAAAAAGAUUUGUGGAGAAAUAAUGCCUGCUAAAAUUGUUGAAGAAUGCAAGGGCCUACCACUAGCAAUUGUGGCCAUCGGUAAGCUUGUAGCCGUGAAACCAGAACUUGCAUAUAAAUGGAAAAUCAAUAUUGAAAACGCAGGCAUUACGAAAAUUUUAAGUCUAAGUUUUGAUGAUUUAGAUGACAGUAAUCAUGCUUCAUGUCGUUUUGAAUGUAUCCUCAUAAGGAUGAAGUUAAAUCAAAGAGAUUAAUUCGGCAGUGGAUAUCAGAAGGGUUUUUAAAAAGUGAAGAGGGAACUUUGGUGGAGGAAGAGGAAACUGUGGAGGAUGUUGCUGCAGAAUAUUUAGAUGUUUUGAUAAAAAAAAAAUUGGUACAAGUUUCUUCCUUUACCAUUGAUGGCAAACCUAAAAGUUGUCAUGAUCAUUACCUAAUACAUGAUAUGAUCCUCAGACAAUUUAAGGAUUUUGGUUUCUGCCGGCGUAUUAGUGAAGAUGUUCAGUCACACACAAGAGAAAUAGCUCGGCGCCUGUCAAUAGCAACCAACUGCAGUGAAGAUUUACCUGGAUUUUUUGAUGAUCUAACAAGAAGUGUUGAAAGCAAAUUCAUUCAGUCAGUGCUUCUCUUCACAAAAGAAGUAGUACUAACUGCAGAAUUUGUGGAGAGUAUCCCUAAAACGUACCCGCUAUUGCAGGUACUUGAUUUUGAAAAUGCUCAAUUAUCUUGGGUUCAAGAUUUGGGGGAUCUAACCUACUUGAAGUAUUUGAGCUUCAGGAAUACUCAGAUACAAAGUCUUCCAAAAUCCAUUGGUAAGCUUCACAACUUGGAGACUUUGGAUCUAAGGCAAACCGCGGUGAAAGAGAUCCCAAAGGAGGUGUGCAAGCUUACAAAGCUACGACAUCUUCUGGGUAAAGACAUGUCUUUGGUUCAAUUGAAGGAUGGUAUUGGAGGGAUGAAGUCCCUACAAACGCUACGUCACGUGAAACUAGAUGGCAGUGGAACAGAGCUAAUUACGGAGCUGGGAAAGCUGUGACAUUUGAGGGAUCUGAUAUUGACUAAUGCUGGAGGGGAACAUGGAAGCCAUCUGUGUUCCUCAAUAAAUAAGAUGAAACACCUGACGAAACUGCACAUUGUUGCAAUUGCAAAGCCUGGAAAUGAAGCCAUUGAUUUGCUAAAUCUGAAAGAGCACUCUAAGCUUCCGAAACUUCGCCUGCAAGGGAGGUUUCAGUUGCCAGAGUGGGUUCUAAGGCUCUCAGAUAAUAAUUUGGUCCUGUCAAGUGAUGAAAGUGAAGGAUAAGGAAUCUUGGAAGUAAAAGGUUUCUUGCUGCUGUGGAAAUUCAGAUUCUCCAUGUGGCUUUCAACAACACUGGCAUUUUAGCUAUAGGUUCCUGCUUUGGUACUUCAAUCUCUUCAUUAAGAGAAUACAUGUGAAGCUGUCUUUCUUUAAUAAAUAUGCUGCUCAAGACAUUUUGAUUUUGAUUCCACUCCUUUGUCAUGUAAUGGCAGCAACAUGUUAUGAGAGUUUCUGUUUCAAGAUGUGUUGAGUUGUAUGUCUUUCUAUUAUUUUGGAAUAAGAAAACACAAGUUUCAAGUAAUUUCACAGCUUUUCUAACGCUUCCUUGCUAAGUUAAUUAUGUUGUUUUGUGCUAAAUCUCCUUCAGCCUUUUUUUGUUUUGGACAUUUUCAUUCAUUACACCUGUAUCAUGGUAACAAAACUAAUUUUUUUUUUUUUUUUUGCAUAAUUUGGGCCUUCGCUCAAAGUAAAAACAGUUUAUGAUGUGGGAUAAACAAAUGUUGUACGGUAUCCGAGGCCGCCCCGAAGGCCUCCAUCAAAUGUUGAUACAACAAAGUGGUGUGAUUUUCACAAGUUUGUGGGUCACACCACUGAUAAUUGUUGGACUCUGCGAAAGGAAAUUGAGCGUUUGAUAAAGGCGGGGCACAUGACCAACUUCGUCAUAACUGAGUCGACCAAAGCGGAUCAAACGCAAGCGACUCAAACAGCAGUGUCAAAAGGUAAGGACAUUGUGGAUGAAUUGGGAGAACCAUCUGGUUAAUGCUCGUCUAUCUCACGAGGAUUUGGGGGCGGGCGUUUAUCCAGUAAGGCUAGAAAGAGGUAGGAAGAGGCGGUUAAUUCCGUGCAAAAGGUGUAUGCUGGUGAAUGUUGGUUGAAUCAUGCGCCAAUUGCUAUCACUCCGCACGACGUACUUUGCACAUGUUACGCCGCAUGACAAUGAUCCUAUUGUGGUUACAAUA